GAUUGUGCGUGUUUGGGACGAGAGAGGAGAGCACGGAGUGAUCACAAAUCAAGGCACAAGUCCGACCGCGAAGGGAGCGCACUUCAAUCACGUGGGGUGUGGGUUUGUGCAGGGGAAAAGUAAAAGUGUCGUCGGAGUGACUUCUGCACGUACUUUGUUUUCCUCCUCUCUUUGCCUUUCCACCACCUCCGCCCUGCAUUCCGCGGAGCAGCUGUGUUUUCAUGCCCCUGCGCACCCGAGGAGGAGAGGAAGGAGAGAAGAGUGAGGAGGAAGAAGAAGAAGAAGAAGAAGAAGAAGAAGAAGUGAGAAGGCCUGGACACCACCCCUCCUCGUCCUUUGGAGGUCUGUCCACUCUCCCCUCCUGGCCCUGCAUGGACGGGGAUGGGGAGAGCCGGAUGCUGUUGCCGCGGGGCUGAGCGCCUCGCCUCCCCGUCUCUAGUGCGCCGCUUCCGGCCACUGCUGCUGCUGAUCAUCGCUCUCUGCUGUGGUGCUCACAUAGGUCAUUGCCAGGUAGCCACCCCUCAGUGCCGUAUCCAGAAGUGCACCACCGACUUUGUCUCCCUGACCUCCCACCUGACGCCAGCCGUGGAUGGCUUUCACACUGAGUUUUGCAAGGCUUUACGUGCGUACUCGGCCUGCACCCAGAGGACGGCCAAGUCCUGCCGGGGGAACCUUGUCUUCCACUCGGCUGUGCUGGGCAUCUCCGACCUCAUGAGCCAGAGGAAUUGCUCUAGAGACGGGCCCACUUCCUCCACGCACCCCGAAGUAGUCCAUGAGCCCUGCAACUACCACAGUCGCACCCAGCACGCCCACACACACUCCCACGGGCAUGCACACACACACUCCCAUGCUCACAGCCACAGCCACUCUCGGCCUUCGUACCUGUUCUGCGGGCUGUUCGGGGACCCACACUUGAGGACGUUUAAGGACAGCUUCCAGACUUGUAAGGUAGAGGGGGCAUGGCCCCUCAUCGAUAAUGACUAUCUGUCAGUACAGGUCACUAAUGUUCCAGUGGUACCUGGUUCCAGUGCCACAGCAACCAAUAAGAUCACCAUCAUCUUCAAGCCCUAUGAGGGUUGUACAGACCAGAGGGUUUACCAGGCCGUCACAGACAACCUCCCUGCUGCCUUUGAUGAUGGAACUGUGAGCAGUGGAGACCCGAUCCACACUUCUGCAAGUGCAGACGGUACAACUGGGAAGGUCCGAGCUCUGUGGAUCUCUGAGCGCAGCCCGGGGCACCAUGUGGAGCUGCACGCUGGCUACAUCGGUGUAACUGUAAUCGUUCGCCAGCUGGGCCACUACCUGACCCUGGCAGUACGGAUCCCUGAGGAGCUGGCUCAGGCCUAUGAUGCCACCCAGGACCUGCAGCUCUGUCUGAACGGCUGCCCCAGCGGAGAACGAAUUGACCAAGCAGGGCACCUUCCCCUGCCCCUCUCCCCACUCGGCCUACAGCUUCAACAGCUGCGUCGGCCUAGCUACUCCUCACAGACACAAGCAUCCCCCUACGCUGCCAUGCAGGUUUUUGGUGUGGAGGGGGCGAAGGAACGCUGCAGGGAGCAGCUGGAGGUGCAGGACAUUUACUUCCACUCCUGCGUGUUUGAUCUCCUGACCACCGGGGAUGCUAACUUCACAGUGGCGGCGUACAGCGCGCUGAAGGACAUGGAGAGUCUCCACCCUCACCGGGAUAGAUGGAGGAUCUACCCUCGCGGCUCUGCCACCUCUACCUUCCACUUUGCUUCUCAACCUAUCAGAUGGCUCACUCUGCUCCUGCUGUGUGCCCUCAGCGGGGCCUUGAUGUAAGAGCUGGAGAGGGAGUCUUUGUGUGUGUGUGUGUGCACUAGAAAGAGAGUUUUAUGAGUUUCUUUGCUGAGCACUGAUACUGAGCACUGAUUCCUCUCUCAUGUAGAGAGGAAACAGCUGUCUGGACAGUUACUGGGAACCUGUGUUUUUGUAGAAGAGGUGGCAGACCUCCCAGUGGGCACAGGAGUUGGCAACACUAAUUGCAUCUUACCUGGCAGAUUCAGCCCUCUGGGGAAUAACACAGGAGAUGUGAUGAUGGCUUUUGCAGUCUGUCUUCAUUUUUGGCUAGGACCCUUGACAAUGACACAAAUGUACCUGUGUGGGUGAAUUGAGUGUGUGGAUAUACACUCCAAACUGUAAAUAGCUUGUCUUCAGUGCACAAUGUAAUGGCGUAGUUUGUUUUUUUAAAUUCAUUAAAUGUGAUCUUUCUUUAAUGCCUCAGACAGAGGAUGUUUGUUUUUAACAGAAGCACUUUAUUUAGUUUUUUUUUUUAAUAAAUCCACAUCAGUGUUUCUUCUUCUCACUUACUGUCCUCCACCAAAGUCUCAGAAAGCUCACAUUUUGGAGACCAUCUAUAAUUAGAUUUUUGAGCCUUUCAAAGUAAAAAGUAAGUCUGUCAAAUAGAAGGAGCUGCCAUUUUUGUUAAAAUGCAUCGUUCUUCCAGUAGCUGAUUUGACUCAGCGUGUCAUUUUAAGUCAGUCAAUGUGAGUUGUUCUCUUUUGAAUGUAUUAUAAUUAUUGUCACAGCAAAUGCCAUCAGUACAGUAGUUUUGUUGCUGUAUGAAUUUGUUGUUUUUUAUCAGUCCUGAUUUCAAAUAUGUGUGUGUCUGUGUGUUUGUGUGUGUGAAUGUAUGAAUGUGUGUGUGUGUGUGUGUGUGUGUGUGGCUGUGUCAGUGUUUUUUGUUUUUUACUAGUUGGUGACAUGCUUGGAUGUUUUUUUUUUAUUUCCUCUGAGAUUCAUGUUGGAGGUAUUCCCACCUUGCCAGGAGGCUGUGAUGAUACUGGCUCAUGUAUGUUGCUCACUGCAUUCUUGUGUUAAUUUCCGCCAAAGACAGAUACUGUAUGGUUUUGAUGAACAAAGGAAAUCAUAACUCACCACCAAACCAGCACCCAUCUACCCCUCACACUCUCUCUCCCCUGUUUCAGAAGUUGCUACUGUAGACUGUUUUACUCCUACUGCCAGAAUUGAUGAGCUGCUCCUUACUGGGAUACGUGUAAGAUACUGGAGUGUAGACAAAACACUGCAAAUCACUGAGAAAACUUUACCACACUGUCUGCUGAGUUAAGCGCUCCAGCAGUGUGUUGUGGGAAAUGUAUUUGAUACCUGAUAGAAAUGCCAACCCUUAGGACUAUGAGCCUUUUUAACAUGAAACAUUCUGUGUAAUUGUGCCCCAUUUGGUUGGCCAUAUAAACUUAAUCUCAGUUUUGACAUUGUGAUCUCUUACAUCAUGUGUGAGUGUCAGUUUGGUAAAGAGUGGCGGGUCAAUGUUGAAAUAUUUACUUAUUAACUUAUUUAUGAACGUAGUGUCCUGUAGAGGAAGUUAAGCUCCAUAUUCUUGCUGUUGGAUAAUAAUUUAAAAAAUGUCAGAUGUGAUUGUACUGCCACUUAGUGGUGCUCUGUUGCUAUGUCAGUGUGUUACUCAAGGCGUUCAAAAAAACGAGGAAAAAACUGUGUGCAAGUGUUUUAUUUAAGAAAUAAUAAAGUCAAAAUGGUCCAA